GCAGUACAGUUCACCUUCUGUCCUCCAAACUCAAACCUCUCAGCUCUCAUUUCAUCGCCUGGCUCAAAGCUUUGUGAUCUCAUACGUCAAGACAUACGCGCUGUGCUCUUCCUGGCAGAUAUUGCAUACUUCUGAGACUUCUUCUUUCUAUGCAAUAGAUCACGUUUAUCAUCUCGGUAGUCUUAGGGCGAUAGAUAUUUGUAGCUGGACUGGAGAACCUUUAGAACAUAUGCUUCUGGUGGCAUGGCUUCAAGCUGAAUUUAACCAUCUAUAUUGGAAGUAACCAUAAAAUCUACUGCGAAUGUAAAAGGAUGGCACUGUUAGCGUUUAAAGAUGCCUUCUGGUGUUCAGAUUUGAGUCUAAAUACAGGCUAUGAAGUUAUUCUUCAGAGAUUACUGGAUGGCAGGAGGUUUUGUAAAGAUGUGGAGGACCUUCUGAAGCAGAGGGCUAUUGCAGAAGAAAAAUAUGGAAAAGAAUUAAUUCAAAUUGCAAAAAAGGCAGCAGGACUGACAGAAAUCAACAAACUACGCGAAUCCUUUGAAACUUUAAAACAACAAAUUGAGAGCAUUGGAAAUUCGCAUAUCCAGCUUGCAACAACAUUAAAAGAAGAGAUCCUCAGUUUGGAAGACUUCAGACAGAGGCAAAAGGCGCUGAGGAAAAAGUAUGAAAAUGCUAUGGAGAAACUCCAGAAGAAUAAAGUGACAAUGUACAAGAAGACCAUGGAUUCAAAGAAAAAUUAUGAGCAAAAGUGCAAAGAGGCAGAGGAAGCUCAGCAAAGCUUUGAACGUACGGCUAUAGCCGGAAAUGCUAAGCAAGUAGAGAAGACCCAGAGCAAAGUGAAACAUUGUAAAGAAGCAGCUCAAGAUGCAGACCGAUUAUACAAGCAAAAUAUUACUUUACUGGAAAAAGCUCGACUUGAAUGGGAGACAGAACAUGUUAACACCUGUGAGGCAUUUGAACAGCAGGAGAAAGACCGGAUCAGUAUACUGCGCAACUCCCUCUGGGUUCAUUCCAACCAGUUUUCCAUGCAGUGUGUGAAGGAUGACGAGAUGCUGGAAGUUGUCAGACAAAGUUUGGAAGAAUGUGAUGUGGAAGCUGAACUUAAUUUCUUUAUUCAGGCCAAAACUACAGGAAGGAUUCCACCUGACCCUGUGUUCUAUGAGAGUUAUAGUAAUAAUGGAAUUGGCCCUCAUACCAACAGCAGUAAAGUGAUGAAAAGAAUUUCUAACCUCCUGCAUGGCUGUGGUGGAAGUACCAAGAACCUAGCAGAUGUGAACAUCUGUCCGUCCUCCGUGACAGGGGAUUCAGAAUAUGCCAGUGUAUCCAUAGUUCCUAGAGAAGACCCCACUGAGCCGGACACAGGAUCGGCAGACUACACUGUGAUGUAUGAUUACAUUGCCCAAAGCACAGAGGAACUGGAUAUUAGUGCUGGAGACGUGGUACGGGUGAUAGAAGAAGGUGAAGAUGGUUGGUGGACUGUGGAGAGAAAUGGGCAUAGUGGCCUUGUGCCGGGGUCUUACCUUAACAAGCUAUGAGACAUUUCCAGAUAUAGAUAACGGCUAGAAAUAUGUUUUAUACUACAGACUGGGUGUUCUCUGUAAUUUUCUGAUCCAUAUUUUUGUGCACAGGAUGGCAGUUAAUGUGUUUGUCCUCACUGUAAAUUAUAAAUCUAUACUGUAAACUGUAUCAUGGAGAAAUGUGCAGCCUAGUCAGAGCUGCACACAUGAAUACACUCACCUAAAGAAUUAUUAGGAACACCAUACUAAUACGGUGUUGGACCCCCUUUUGUCUUCAGAACUGCCUUAGUUCUAUGUGGCAUUGAUUCAACAAGGUGCUGAUAGCAUUCUUUAGA